CGCAGGAAGGGACGCAACCGGAAGCGCUUUUAACCUAGAAACUGUGGGCGCGGGUUUGGAAACUGGGCCUUGAGGUUGGGUGUUCUGAGCCGGUGCGAGCCUGGGUUCCAGUUCUCUGGGUCCACAGGGGAUUCGCUCGUUAUGCCGCUUUGUCCCCUGUAAUGAGCGUGGCAGCCCCCCCCACCCUCCAGAGAUCUCCUGAGCGCCCCUCAGGGAGGCCCGGGGACGGGCGUGGCGGAGGCGUGGAGCCGAGGAGAACGGGUGCGCUCGGCGAAGCUGGGGAGCUCCCUUCGCCCUCGGCGGGACGGCGCGCCUUUCCUGGGCGCCUGUGGGUGGUCCUUGUCCAGAGGCUGCUCACUGUCACUCGGGAAGAGAAAACCAUCGAGUUCAGCACUCCUCUGAGCAAUCGGGGAAAUGUCUUUUUUCCCUAAAGUAGCCUUGAGGCCUGAGGUUGAAAACUGUCUUAAAGAGGGCUUAAUGAAUAAGGAGGUUGUAUUGGCUUUCGGUAAACAAGAAGCAGAAAGGAAGUUUGAAACUCUGUUAAAUCACCUGUCACACCCUCCAUCAUUCACAACUGUCCGAGUAAAUACACAUCUAGCCUCAGUGCAACAUGUGAAAAGUCUUUUAUUUGAUGAACUUCACAAGCAGUUUAAUGGAUUAUCUGUUCCUAUUCUUCAACAUCCAGACCUUCAGGAUGUCUUACUUAUUCCUGUAAUUGGACCUAGGAAGGACAUAGUAAAACAACAAUGUGAAGCCAUUGUUGGAGCCCAAUGUGGUAAUGCUGUAUUAAGAGGAGCCCAUGUCUAUGUUCCAGGAAUUGUGUCAGCUUCAAAAUUUAUGAAAGCUGGAGAUGUUGUUUCUGUAUACUCUGAUAUUAAAGGCAAAUGUAAGAAAGGAGCCAAGGAAUUUGAUGGAGUAAAAGUAUUUCUUGGAAAUGGGAUUUCUGAAUUAAGCCGCAGAGGAAUCUUCAAUGGGCUACCUCAACAGAAAGGUAUAGGCAUAAGAAUGACAGAACCAGUGUAUCUCAGCCCUUCAUUUGACAAUGUACUGCCCAGCUACUUAUUUUUACAGAAUUUGCCAUCUACUGUUGUAACUCACGUUCUGGAUCCUCAGCCUGGAGAGAAGAUUCUAGAUUUGUGUGCAGCACCUGGAGGAAAAACAACACACAUUGCAGCAUUAAUGCAUGAUCAGGGAGAAGUAAUAGCCUUGGAUAAACUACCCAACAAAGUUAAAAAAAUAAAGCAGAAUGCUUUAUUAUUAGGGCUGCAUUCCAUUAGGGCUUUUUGCUUUGAUGGAACAAAGGCACUUAAACUCGAUACGGUUAAGGACACAGAAGGAGAGCCCCCAUUCUUACCAGAAUCUUUUGAUCGAAUUCUUCUUGAUGCACCCUGCAGUGGAUUGGGGCAGAGACCAAACAUGGCUUGUUCUUGGACUUUGAAGGAGUUGACAUCAUAUCAACCCUUGCAGCGAAAACUCUUUACUGUGGCAGUGAAGCUGCUGAGGCCAGGGGGCGUGCUUGUUUAUAGCACCUGCACCAUUACGCUGGCAGAGAAUGAGGAACAAGUGGCCUGGGCCCUCACAGCAUUUCCUUGCCUUCAGCUUCAGCCCCAGGAACCACACAUUGGAGGACAAGGAAUGCUGGGAGCUGGCUUGUCAUUUGAACAAUUGAACCAGCUGCAACGAUUUGAUCCAUCUGUUGUGCCGUUACAGGACAUGGACAUUGAUUCUUUCAAAGAAGCCAGAGUAGAAGACAUGAUUUGGCUGGCAAAUAAGGAUUGUAUAGGUUUUUUCAUUGCAAAAUUUGUAAAAUGCAAAAGUAUGGAGGAGAAGGAUCCUUAGAAAUGAAAAUUCCAAACAUAUGCUCUGUUGUUCGUGUGUUUUAAUUUAAAGACCAAUUUAUUGUUGGGCCAAGUGGUUGAUGAUGUGGUUGCUAAGGAAACAGAAAAGGCUGCCAGCUGUUUCACCAGUGAUCAAGAGACACGGAGGAAAUAAAGGGUGGGGGAAGGAGAGAGAUAUGAGAUUAUAUUUUGUAAUUUGUGAGUAAUCUUCCCUUUUGGAUUUAGCAGAGUAUAAAGAAAAGGAGAUGCCUAUAGAUGUCUGAAACAUGUUUAUUUGGAGUCAUAUGUUUUCAUUUUUAAUGGCAAUCAAUGAAUCUAACAAGGAAAAAAAUUAGCAAUUUUUAAUUUGGUUAUAAAGUAUAUUAUUUUUUAUUCCUGAGUUCCUAAUUAAGUAGUUUCUUAAGAAUUCAGGGCAUAGGAGGUAUGACAUUUACCAUGUGCUAAUGACUGAGCUAAAUAUUUUACCUCUUUCUCUGCUUACUAUUUGAUAAAUAAACCCUUUUUCAAAUAAAGUCUGGAUGUCUU